AUGCCACCACUUGUCCAGAAUGUUAUUUGCUCAUAUACACAGACAUUGAUUACAUCUGUUUAUUGUAAACAUUUAAUGAAUAAUGAAAUAACAGAAUUAGAAGAAUUCUGGAGACAAAAUUGGAGUAAGAUAUGGAUAUUGGAGAAUCAAGAAGACAAAAAAAUAUUUGAUUCAAUGCAACUUAUUGCACAUAAUUUGUAA